AUGGUAACGUUAACAGCCCUCGCCAUUAAGGAUAUUCAAAGUACACAACAACUUCAGACGAGAGAAGCGUUUUACCUGAUGUUUCAGACUCUGAAUUUGGCAGAUUAUCCAUAUUUUAGGGAUUUUUCAAUGACAUUGCGCACCAUAUUUGAGCUGAUGAUGGGAUUGAUGGAUAUUCCUCUUCCUUAUAACAAGCCCACUCCCAACAAUAUCUAUAUUGCCUAUGUCAUGUUUAUGUUGUUUGUAUAUCUCCUGCUGCUAAAUCUGUUGAUUGCAAUGAUGGAUGAUACAUACUGGAGAAUUGCACCAGAGACAGAGGAGUUAUGGAAAAUACAGAUUGCAGCCACCAUACUGCUUCUAGAGCAACGAAUGCCAGCAUUUCUGAAGAUCCGCUCAGGAGUUCCAGGAAGAUCUCUGGGUUUUGAUGAUGACAAGUGGUAUAUUGGGGUUGAAGAAAUUCUUCCUGAGACAGAAGGAGGAGCUGGAAUAAGCACACAGAGAUAUUCACAAAACAUAAGAUGGGACGUGGUUAGAAGAAAUCUUGGAAAAAUCAUAAACAUGAAAGAUUCUUCUGAAUCUACCAUUUUAUAG